AUGGAUGUUAUUAUUGAAGCAAUGGAUCUGAAGACCCUUAUAAUGGAUAAGCUGAUUAGGAAUCCUCAAACCCAUAAGUUGAACAAGAAACAAGAUCACUCUAAGAAGAAAGCAAAGAAGGACAAAUCUCUGGCUUUUAAAGCUUUUCAAACUGAUGAAUGUGAAGAAGAUGAGGACAUGGCCUAUUUAACUCGCAGAUUUCAAAAGAUUGUGAGAAAGCAUGGUGGAUUCAUGAAGAAGGAAAACUCAAGCAAGUCAGCUAAUGUUACUGACUUGUAUCACAAGUGUGCAAAAUCAGGGCAUUUCAUCAGAGAUUUCCCUAUGCACAAGCAGGAUUACAAAGACUAUGUCAAAUCUGGAGUGAAAAGGGCACUUGCCAUCUGGGGAAAGUCCUCAAGUGACUCAGAGGAAUCUGAACAUCCCGAGGAUGCCUCCAUGCUUUCCAUAAAGGAUGAUGAAGAUGUCUUUGACUUUAUGUUUGCCUUCAUGGCUAAGUCUGAAGAUGAUGAUGUUGAUGAAGAGGUAACUCUUUCUGAUUUUAAGCAAAAUCUGAAUGUGUUUACUUCUUUAAAAAAUUGA